CCCGCAGCCGGGACACCUGCCGGGGUCUCCGCGCCGGCCUCUGCGGAGCAGCGGGGCCCCGGGGGCGCCGCGCUCUGAGGCCUGGGGCCUAGGAGGAGCCCAGGCAGCGUCGCCCGCCGCGCGCCCGUCUCUGCGGAGCCAUGGCGGCCCGGGAGCGCGCGGGAGCAGGGGCGCUGCAUGCGCUGCUGCUGCUGCUCUGCCUGGGGCUGCCGAGCGCCGGAGCGGCCGGGGCUCCCGCAGCGCCGCUGUCCGAGCUGCACGCGCAGCUGGCGGGCGUGGAGCAGCUGCUGGAGGACUUCCACCGACAGCUGCAGCAGGAGCGGCCGCACGAGGAGCUGGAGCUGGAGCUGCGCGCGGGCGGCGGCCGGCGGGAGGACUGCCCCGGCCCCGGCGGCGACGGCUACAGCGCGGCGCCCGACGCCAUCAUCCGCACCAAGGACUCGAUCGCGGCGGGCGCCCGCUUUCUGAGCGCGCCGGCCACCGUGAGGGACUGGAGACAGUGCGUGGCGGCCUGCUGCUCGGAGCCGCGCUGCUCCGUGGCGGUGUUGGAGCUGCCCCGGAGACCCGCCGCCCCGGGCGCCGCGCUAGGCUGCUACCUCUUCAACUGCACCGCGCGCGGCCGCAGCGUCUGCAGGUUCGCGCCCCACCGCGGGUACCGCACCUACACCCUCAGUCGCGCCCCAGCUGCCGGCCUGCAAGCCGGGGAACCAGUCCCCGCCACCGCCGGCGCCUCACCCAGCCAGGGAAAGGAUGAACCUCCCCUUAGCAAGGCCGGGAAGGAUGUGGUUUUGCACCUGCCCACAGACGGGGUGAUUCUGGAUGGCCGUGAAAGCAUAGAUGAUCAUGCCAUUGUCCAGUAUGAGUGGACACUGCUGCAGGGUGACCCAUCAGUGGACAUGAAGGUGCCUCAGCCAGGAACACUGAAGCUAUCCCACCUGAAAGAAGGAACGUACAUCUUCCAGCUGACUGUGACUGAUACAGUGGGUCAGAGAAGCUCUGACAAUGUGUCAGUGACUGUGUAUUCCAGGACCUACUCCCUGGGAGGAUGCUCCAGCGUCUGCUCGAGGUACCAUUUCUUCUGUGACAACGGCUGCUGCAUUGACAUCACUCUGGCUUGUGAUGGAGUGCGGCAGUGUCCUGAUGGGUCUGAUGAAGACUUCUGUCAAAACUUGGGCCUAGACCGUAAGAUGGUGACACAUACGGUGGCUAGUCCUGCCCAGUCAGGAACCACAGGGGUGAGUGAAGGUACAGGAGCUCCCUGGUUGGAAAAGUCCCAGAAAGCCACUACCCCAAAUCAACCAGCUACCUUAUCACACACAGAAAAGAGGAAUCAUUCUGCUGAGAGGGCACCCGAGAGUCAAAUCAUUCCCAUCGAGCCAGAUAAUAAUUCCUCAGGGAAGAACAGAAAAGAGGAAAAUUAUAUUUUUGAAUCCAAGAGUAAACGAGGAAGAGGGGAACAUCCAGCCCCAGAAGCAGGUGCAGUGCUCCCCUUGGCACUGGGGCUGGCCAUCACUGCUUUGCUGCUUCUCAUGGUGGCUUGCCGACUCCGACUGGUGAAACAGAAACUUAAGAAAGCCCGUCCCAUUACAUCUGAGGAAUCUGACUACCUCAUCAAUGGGAUGUAUCUGUAAUAAGUGUAAUUCCAACAACUGGGGCAAGAAUGUUUCACUUAACAAUUCCUUCUGAUUUUAGGUUGUUAUUUACCACUUUUUGUUUUUAAUUGGGCUAGAAGACAGUGCAAAUAACAAACCUUGAUUUGUGGGAUGAAGUUCCUAGGAAGUGUCUUGAAACAUAGAAGAAUUCAUAUAACUAAACUUAUUUAGUUGUCCCUAGAUAUAGACGUCUGUAGUUUGCUGAGACCAUGAGGUGACUUUGCUUGUCUUUAAGAUGCCAACCCCUGGUCCUUGUAGCUUCUGCUUGUUUUCUGGCGUUGUUUUCCCAUAAGUUUUCACACUGUGCAUUUUCUUUUCCCCUGUCAAACAUCUCUGAAAAUGGAUCUUAAUUUACACUUUCAAUGAGAUGUUAUCUAUGGCAGGUAUGUUACAAAAGAUACAAGUGGUCAAGGAAGCCCAUAGAAUAUGGCCUCUUCCCUAUGCUUCAGACAUUGUGCCACAGUGGUGGUCGCCAAGUUCAGCUGAUCUUUGAAGAAAUCCAGACUUUGAUUAGAAGCUCUAAGAUGGUUAGGAAAUGAGAUCAAGAUGGAAGCAGAAGAGUUAGCAGGUUAAAAUGAAUAGAAAAUGGCUGAGGGCGCAGUGAGGGAAGACAGGUAACACUUCAUACUGCUUCACGGUCCGAGCCCAGCAGCUCAUUUCUAUAUACACUAAUUCCCAACUUGAGCCUUUACUGGUGAAAAAGAGUGCAAAUUAUCAAUCAGAACAUUGAUCAGAUGCCUAGGUACAGCUCUUGUAAAAAUGUCACCAUGUUUCAGUAUCAGGUUAUUUAAUCUUAUGGAAGAGCCAGAUGUUUGCUUUGUGAUUUCCAGGGCUGGAGAUGGACCCAGGGGCUUGCUUUUGCUAAGUGCUUUAUACCCCUCAGCCAUAUCUCCUGCCUUCACUUUUUAUGUUAUAAAAUGUUAGAAUGUACAGUCAGCUAAUGCCAGGAUGUAUUUCCAGAGGAGAAAGGCACUUUUGCACAAAUUCAUCCUUACAGGAAACUAGCAUCUAGCUUAGCAUCUUUUUUUUUAAUCUGUAGGUGGUAAAUCUUUCCCAUCAUCUCUUAGUGCUGGGUUAUAUACAUUCUAGAAAUUAUUCCAAUAGGAAUGUACAGUGUGGUGCCCAUUAUACUCACGAUGUUCCUAUUUUCUUUACUGUAAGUGGCAAAUGUUACAAAACACUGUAGAGUCUAUUAGUUUAGACUGAAUCUAAAGUAGGUGGCUCCUUUUACAAGGGGCCUAACUUUGGUGGGAGAUAUAACCUAUCAAAAUAUAUUAUCAAAUGGGUAGUUCUAGAAAAACAUUACUAUUUUUGUCUCUUGAGACACUGUAGCCUUUUGCUGAAUGUUUAGAGCUGCACAGUGUUUAAAUCUCACCAUGGUAGUUUGAGAGAUGAACUGUAUGAAUGAACUUAAGAUGCCUGUACUUGAUGUGAUGCUGUGCAGUUCAUUUUUAUAGACAAUGUCACCUACAGCCAUACCCAAUAAAAUAAAAUCUGAUAAGGCAUGUAUCUUUCUGCACAUCUUUUAUACACAAAGAAAUAAAAUACAAGUGUUGCUAUGGUUUUGAAAUACUUGAGAAAA